GGCUCGGCUCCCGCUCGGGCUCCCGCGGCGUGGGCCGGGCGGUGGCCCCGCGGCGCGGGCAGGGGGCGUCUGCGCGUCCGCGCCCUCGGGCGGCGGCGUCGGCCCGGCCCCAGCGUCCGCCCCCGCCGCCCGCGCGCCCGGGCGCAGGUUUGAAAAUUAUUUCACGGUGACCGACCCCACUUGCUAGUGUGACAGAAAGCAGCUCCUUCUGCCCAACCUACAGUGACUUUUUUGCCGGGAGCGGGGUGGUGAGCCCAGAUGUGGGUCAAUGCCACCCGUGGCGGGAUCCGAAGAACAGUGGCAGCCAUGCCUCUCCCGGCCCCAGCCGCCCCUUCCCCCCUACGCUAAGCUGCAUGGUGUGGGUGCCCUUGGGAUCCCCAAGGACUGACUGUCUGACCUUGCUUCGCCCCCCGCCCAACGCCAACUCCCCCAAGAUGUCGCUCGAGUGGCUGGUGGCCUGGGGCUGGUCACUGGACGGCCUGCGGGACUGCAUUGCCACGGGUAUCCAGUCAGUGCGGGACUGCGACACUACCGCUGUGGUCACCGUGGCCUGCCUGCUGGUCCUGUUCGUGUGGUACUGUUACCACGUGGGCCGCGAGCAGCCCCGGCCCUAUGCGUCCGUCAACUCCCUGAUGCAGGGCGCAGACACCAACGGGCUGCAGAACGGGUACGUGUACUGCCAGUCUCCCGAGUGCGUGCGCUGUGCCCACAACGAGGGCCUCAACCAGAAGCUCUACCACAACCUGCAGGAGUACGCCAAGCGGUACUCCUGGUCCGGCAUGGGCCGCAUCCACAAGGGCAUCCGCGAGCAGGGCCGCUACCUCAACAGCCGGCCCUCCAUCCAGAAGCCCGAGGUCUUCUUCUUGCCCGACCUCCCCAGCACACCCUACUUCUCUCGGGACGCACAGAAGCAUGACGUGGAGCUGCUGGAACGGAACUUCCAGACCAUCCUGUGCGAGUUUGAGACCCUCUACAAAGCUUUCUCAAACUGCAGCCUCCCGCAAGGAUGGAAAAUGAACAGCACCCCCAGCGGGGAGUGGGUCACCUUUUACUUGGUCAAUCAGGGGGUUUGCGUUCCCAGAAACUGCAGGAAGUGCCCACGGACGUACCGCUUGCUCGGAAGCCUUCGGACCUGUAUUGGGAACAAUGUUUUUGGGAACGCGUGCAUCUCCGUGCUGAGCCCAGGGACUGUGAUAACGGAGCACUAUGGCCCCACCAACAUCCGCAUCCGGUGCCACUUAGGUCUCAAAACUCCAAGUGGCUGUGAGCUGGUGGUGGGGGGAGAGCCCCAGUGUUGGGCAGAAGGACGCUGCCUCCUCUUUGACGACUCUUUCCUGCACACUGCAUUCCACGAGGGUUCAGCGGAGGAUGGACCACGGGUGGUUUUUAUGGUGGAUUUGUGGCAUCCCAAUGUGGCAGCAGCCGAACGGCAGGCCCUGGAUUUCAUCUUUGCUCCAGGACGAUGAGAACGUUUCCGAUGCUGGAGUUGGCGACAGUGGCCGCGGGUCAGCCUGGGCAGACUGGGGUACAGUCCAGCCCCCACCUGUGCUGUGAUUCCAUGCUCCAAAACCUGCCUCACCAGAAAGUUCUUAUUUGGGAUUUUGAGGUCACGUGGGGUCCCUCUUUCCUUUGGUUAUUGUAAAUGGGAAAUUUUCAGCUUGUAUCUCCUUAGAUUUUUCUUUUUUUUCCUUCCAGUCAUUUGCUUCUGCGAUUCCUUUCUGCCUAAUAGCGCGUUACUUUGCUCUGUGACCGGGGGCUCGGUGCCCUUGGUGUGACUGUCGUCUGUGCCAUGUUGCAUACCUGGUUUUUUCAGUGCUCUGGAAUAGGGUAACCAAGCGGUUAUCUGUCUGAAUGUAAUCACCUAAAAAUU